AUGUCCGCCGCACGCCGCGUCGACGCGGUGGCGAACCACCUGCACGCCGCCGCGAGCGUCAACGCGGUCGAUGCCGCGGCGUACGCGAGCGAUCUGCGAGCGAUGAAGAUGGACAUCGAACGGUUUCUCGAUGAAUCGAACGCCAACCCGAUCAUGGUUCGCUUGGCUUGGCACGACGCCGGCACGUACGACGCGUCGAAGGCGCACAUGCCGUGGCCGCGCGCGCAAGGGGCGAACGGGUCGAUUCGUCACGAAUCCGAGCUCGCGCACGGCGCGAAUGCGGGUCUGGUGAAGGCGAUCGGGUACUUGCGACCGCUCAAGGAGAAGUACGCGCGCGUGAGCUGGGCGGACGCGAUACAACUCGCGGGCGCGACCGCGAUCGAGCACGCGGGUGGGCCGAGGAUACCGAUGCGGUACGGUCGGGCAGACGCGGAGGUUGGGGCGAUGGAAGGGAAUCUGCCAGACGCGGAGGCGCCGUUCGGGGACGGGGCGAGCGACGCGGCGACGCACUUGCGAAACGUGUUCGGUCGCAUGGGAUUCAACGAUAGGGAAAUUGUGGCGCUGAGCGGUGCGCACACGAUCGGGAGGGCGUUUAAGGAACGUUCUGGGACGACGAAUCACGGGUACGGGGCGAAGAACGGGACGAAGUUCACGGGCUGCCCGUACAUGAACGCGCGCGCAGACGGCAAGGAGGGAAGUAUCGGAAUGCCCGGCGGCGCCUCGUGGACGAGAAGGUGGCUCGCGUUCGAUAACAGCUACUUUCAUCGCGAAAAGCUCACCGAUGAAAAGGAUUUGAUUUGGCUGAGCACGGAUGAUGCGUUGGUAACCGACCCGGGAUUCGCUCCGCACUUCAAGCGCUAUGCGCACGAUCAAAACGCUUUUUUUUACGAUUUCUCAGCUGCCUUCGCCAAGUUAUCCGAGCUCGGUAGUCGUUUCGUCGUCGGUGCCUCGGGUAUCGUCUUGUAA